AUGUUGGCUCCGCGCUUCGUCCGAGCCGCGACGUCGCUGGCGCGACCCUUCAGCUCGUCCACGGUGGCCUAUCGUGCCCCCUCCAUCAGAGAUCUGACGGCCGAAUCGGCUGAGUACACCAGACGGCAAAAGGAGUUUCGCGAGAACCUCGAGGAGGCUCGCAAAAGAAAGGAACAAGAAGAGAGUCAGUCUGCCAUUGCUUCUGGUUCUACCCCUUCCCGUGAGUUCGCUCCCACUGCUCCGCGUGUGAGCAAUGCGAGCCGCUAUGAUCAAUCCCGCCCUGUUUUUGAUGCAGCCAAGGCUCUUGACCACGAGGCAUUGAGCUCACUCGCCAUGCACCGUUCUAUAGGAGAAGAACAGUCCCAAGACCCUCAAUCUAAGCGCAAUCCGCUAUCCUCGUUGAUCUACGGCACCAAGGAGGGACAGCACUUCGACAAGGACAUUCAGCGCUCCUUUUCCGAAGUGUUGGCCCGUGGCAAGUACGUCCAUUCGAUCGUGUUCCAUGAUGUCAAGCCCGACAAGGUCGACGAGUAUGUGGAUUUGGUGGGCCAGUGGUACCCCCGUAUGGCGGGCACGGAGGAGAACCGAGUCAACCUAGUGGGCAGCUGGCGCACCCAAGUGGGGGAUAACGACACGUUCAUCCACAUCUGGGAAUAUCAACGCUACGAGGGCUACCAUGCCUCCCUGCACAACAUUUCGCAACAUCCCGAGUUCCCGGAGUUUGAUCGCAAGUUGAAGAGCCUGAUCAAGAGCAAGAAGACCUCACUGAUGCAGGAGUUCUCGUUCUGGCCCACGACCCCGCCUCGCCAGUUGGGUGGAAUCUUCGAGCUCCGAUCGUACACACUACACCCAGGCAACCUGUUGGAGUGGGAGUCACACUGGCGGCGCGGUCUGACCGCCCGUCGCGAGGUUAUGGAAGGCGUCGGCGCGUGGUUUGUGCAGAUUGGCGACCUGAACACGGUUCACCAUCUGUGGCAGUUUGCCAACCUAGAGGAGCGCAAGAUCCGCCGAGAGCAAUCGUGGGGCGUCGAGGGUUGGGCUGAGACGGUGCACAAGACCGUUCCCCUCAUUCAGACGAUGCAAAGUCGGAUCCUGGUCCCGAUGCCGUGGAGCCCAGUCGGGUAAAGGGCGAGAGCGAGAGGGUCAUCAGGCCAUAAGGCUCAAGGGCCAAGCACCCUGACCAACUCCACACCGGCAACAAGCCUCAUCCGGUGUUUUGUUUAUUUCUACAGCGCGUACUGUAUGGCCAAGGGAGUCACACGAGAUGAUCAGGCACCCAUAUUAUGUAUCGUGUAUCUAGGCACAUGGCGCACCAGU